GUCAGACCCUCAGCUCAUCCUGCACAAAAGCUUUUAGAGCAGUUGGAGUUCUGCGUCUCUUCACUGCUGUGUGCUGAUCUCCUGCCAUGACUAAACUCUCCUAGAGCUCCAGCCCAGGAUCCUGCACUCCUCUUCUCGCUAUCUGUCCAUCUCCUCGUUCUUCUUCUCCUGUCCAGUUGGGUUUAUAUCAGGCAGAGGAGAGACACGAAGCUGCUGCAGGGAGAUCUGCUCCAGAUCGUCCCUGAGCUGCGUUUGCUCUUUAGAAAGUGGAUUAUCAGAGGGGCAGGAUGUGGUGGCUGAGGUUGUUGAUUUUGGGAUUUUGGUCAGCUCUUGUGGUGCUUGGCGCAAAUGAGGAUGCCAAACCGGAGCAGAAGGAAGUCAGCAGGACCAAACGCAGAGGAAACACGGGACAGCUCGGCCUCAAGGGUCCAAAUGUGUGUGGAACACGACAACACUCGUACUGCUGCCCUGGAUGGAAAACACUCACUGGAGGAAACCAAUGUAUUGUCCCUAUUUGCCGUAGUUCCUGUGGUGAUGGAUUUUGUUCCAGACCAAACAUGUGCACCUGCCCAAAUGGACAGAUCUCUCCUUCCUGUGGCUCCAAGUCAGUUCAAAACUGUAAUAUUCGCUGUAUGAAUGGAGGAACAUGUGCUGAAGAUAACUGUCUGUGUCAGAAGGGCUACACCGGAGCUCACUGUGGCCAGCCGUUGUGUGAGUCAGGAUGUUUGAAUGGAGGAAGAUGUGUUGCCCCAAACCGCUGCGUGUGUACGUACGGAUUCACCGGACCUCAGUGUGAGCGAGACUACCGCACAGGCCCGUGUUUCGCAGCAGUAAGUAAUCAGAUGUGCCAGGGGCAGCUGACGGGGAUAGUGUGCACUAAAACACUGUGUUGUGCGACAGUGGGUCGAGCCUGGGGUCACCCCUGUGAACAGUGUCCCGCUCAGCCUCAGCCCUGCCGCCGCGGCUUCAUCCCCAACCACCGCACCGGCGCCUGCCAGGAUGUGGACGAGUGCCAGGCCAUUCCUGGGCUGUGUCAUGGAGGACAAUGCAUUAACACGGUGGGAUCGUUUGAGUGUAAAUGCCCCGCAGGACACCGAUUCAACGAGAUCAGCCAGAAAUGUGAAGAUAUAGACGAGUGUGCGACAGUCCCCAGGUUGUGCAGCGGCGGCGAAUGCUCCAACACCAUCGGGAGCUACGUGUGUAAAUGUCCUGUAGGAUACGACACGGCUUUGGAUGGAUCACGUUGCAUCGAUGCCCAUCCUGGAACUUGUUUUGACAGUAUCAUAAAUAAUCGUUGUGCGAACCAGAACCCCCAGCGAAUGACCAAGGCCCAGUGCUGCUGCUCGCGGGGCCGCUGCUGGGCCAGAAACACCAUCCCUGAGAUCUGCCCCAUCUUCGGGACAGAGGAGUUCCAGAUAUUGUGUCAACAGGUCCAGCCUCUUGUUCCUGUUCUUGGACCUUAUGUUCCUCCUGGACCUAGUGGACCUGGCAUAAGCCCAUAUGGUCCAUAUGGUCCAUAUGGUCCUGGUUUACAGAUUCCUGUCAUUCCUGUUCCCCAUCCUGAUCGACCAGUUGCACCACCACUUACUAGCAUACUAGGCAAUACUUCUACGUGUGAAUUGGUGAGCAACCUAUGUUUAAAUGGUCGCUGCAUUCCAGUCCCGGGGAGUUACCGCUGCGAGUGUAACAUGGGCUUUCGUCUUGACAACCGUGGGGAGUGUAUCGAUGAUGAUGAGUGUGAUCGUAACCCAUGUGUGCAUGGCCAGUGCAUAAACAUUCCAGGUUCCUACUACUGUCAGUGUCCUCCUGGGUUUCAGACGACUGCGACCAGAACCGAGUGCAGAGAUCUGGAUGAGUGUGUGGCUAAUGGACGUAUUUGCAAUAAUGGACGAUGUGUGAACACGGACGGGAGUUUUCACUGCGUGUGUAAUGCUGGCUUUGAGCUCACGUCUGAUGGGAAAAACUGCCAAGAUAUGGAUGAGUGUAAGAUUAGGAACAUCUGUCUGAACGGGAUGUGCAUCAACGAUGAUGGCAGCUUUAAGUGCAUCUGUAAAGCCGGGUUCCUGCUGGACGGCACAGGACGUUACUGCAUCGACAUUGAUGAAUGUGAGACUCCAGGUAUGUGUUUAAACGGCCGCUGUGUGAACACCGAGGGCUCCUUUAGGUGUGACUGUAUGCCAGGACUUGCUGUUGGCAUUGAUGGUCGCACAUGUGUGGACACACACAUGCGCAGUACGUGUUAUGGCGGUUAUAAGCGAGGCCAGUGUGUUCUGCCGUUCUUCGGUGCGCUGACAAAAUCUGAAUGCUGUUGUGCGAGUACGGAGUAUGCAUUUGGAGAACCAUGCCAACCCUGCCCACCACAGUCUGCAGCUGAAUUUGCUGCUCUGUGUCCUAGUGGAAUCGGUACCACCACUGAUGGCAGAGAUAUUAAUGAAUGUGCGUUGAAUCCUGAUAUCUGUCCAAAUGGAGAGUGUGAGAACAUGCUCCGUACCUACAAGUGUAACUGUAACCUGGGCUUUGAGGUGGACCUGACAGGGAAAACCUGCAUAGAUAUUGAUGAAUGUGUGAGGAACAGGUUGCUGUGUGAUAAUGGGUUCUGCCGGAACACUCCAGGCAGCUAUGUCUGCCAAUGCCCUAAAGGUUUUGAAUUCAAGCCUGAGACUGAAGUGUGUGAGGAUAUCGACGAGUGUCUGUCCAACCCUUGUGUGAAUGGAGAAUGUAAGAACACUGUUGGCAGCUUCGCCUGUGAGUGUGGCACAGGGAGCAGUUUGGACUCCACCGGGACCCAGUGUAUUGAGACAAGUAAAAGUACAUGCUGGCUGAAGGUGGUGAACAAUAAGUGUGAGGUGAACAUUAAUGGAGCAACACUAAAAUCUGAGUGCUGUGCCACCGUGGGAGUGGCGUGGGGGUCACCGUGUAAAGUGUGUGAGAAAGACACUUACUGCCCUAAAGGACACAUCCGAGGCAAAGGAACAGUUUGUGAAGAUGUGAAUGAGUGUGAGGUGUUUCCUGGUUUGUGUCUUAAUGGAAACUGUGUGAACACAAUCGGAUCAUUCUUCUGUCAGUGUCCCACCGGAAUGACCAUCGACACGUCCGGAAGAAUCUGCAUCGAUCUGCGCACAGAGCAGUGUUACCUGUCCCAUGAGGACGAGCGAUGCGGCGCUCCGAUUCCAGGCCGUCACCGCGUGGAUGCGUGCUGUUGCUCGGUGGGCGUGGCCUGGGGGCCGGAGUGUGACGAGUGUCCUGAGAAAGGUUCAGCUGAGUAUAACCGUCUGUGUCCACGGGGCCCGGGGUUCUCCCACCGCGGAGACUUCAUCAACGGGAAACCCUUCCUCAAAGAUAUAAACGAGUGUAAGAUGAUCCAUAACCUCUGCACUAACGGGAAGUGCAGGAAUACCAUCGGCAGUUUCCGCUGCAGGUGUAACAGUGGCUUUGACCUCGAUGCUGAUGAAAGGAACUGCACAGAUAUCGAUGAGUGUCGUAUCUCUCCUGACGUGUGUGGUUACGGGACGUGUGUGAACACGGCGGGGGAUUUCGAGUGCGAGUGUUUCCCUGGUUAUGAAAGUGGCUUCAUGAUGAUGAAGAACUGUAUGGAUAUUGAUGAGUGUGAGAGAAACCCGCUCCUGUGUCGUGGAGGUGACUGUAUAAACACUGAGGGAAGCUUCCACUGCAACUGUCCCCAAGGACACAAAGUUUCUCCUGAUGGAACCGCCUGCCUGGACAUUAAUGAGUGUGAGCUGAGUGAUAAACUGUGCAGGAACGGACAGUGUGUGAACAUGAUCGGACACUACCAAUGUUCCUGCAACACCGGCUAUAAAUCCACAGAAGAAGGACACUACUGUACCGAUAUUGACGAGUGCACUAUCCUGAAUGGCGGCUGUGAGACGACCUGCACCAACUCAGAUGGUAGUUACGAGUGUAGCUGUCACCGUGGUUACGCCCUGAUGCCUGACCAACGCAGCUGUACCGACAUUGAUGAAUGUGAGGAGAGUCUGGAUAUCUGUGACGGUGGUCAGUGCACCAACAUUCCAGGAGAGUUUCAGUGUCUCUGCUAUGACGGCUACAUGUCCUCUGAAGAUAUGAAGACCUGCCUGGAUGUGGACGAGUGUGAGCUGAACCCUAAUAUCUGUCUGAGUGGGAAGUGUGAGAACACCAAGGGAUCCUUCAUCUGUCACUGUGAUCUCGGCUACUCCGUCAGGAAGGGAACAACCGGCUGUACAGAUAUUAAUGAGUGUGAAAUCGGAGCUCAUAACUGUGCCAGACACGCCACUUGCACCAACACAGCAGGAAGCUUCAAAUGUAGCUGUGGCCCUGGAUGGAUCGGUGAUGGGAUUGUUUGCACGGAUCUAGAUGAGUGUGCUAACGGCACACACCGCUGCAGCCCAAAUGCAGCGUGUAUAAACACCAUGGGCUCAUACCGCUGUGUGUGUAAGGAGGGAUUCGCUGGAGAUGGAUUCUUUUGCUCAGAUUUUGAUGAGUGUGCGGAGAACGUGAACCUGUGUGAGAACGGUCACUGCCUGAACGUUGCCGGGGGUUACCGCUGUGACUGUGACAUGGGCUUCAUCGCAACACCUGAUGGACAAGCAUGUGAAGACAUCGAUGAGUGUUCGUUUGCUGAUAUCUGUGUGAACGGGCGUUGUCAGAACAUUCCAGGUUUGUUCAGGUGUGUUUGUCAUAUCGGCUAUGAGCUGGACCGCAGCGGAGGAAACUGUACAGAUAUGAACGAGUGUGCAGACCCCACCACGUGUAUCAGCGGGUUUUGUGUGAACACUCCAGGGAGCUACAUCUGUAACUGCCCCCCCGACUUCCAGCUCAAUCCUACAGGAGUCGGCUGUGUGGACACUCGUUCUGGGAAUUGCUAUCUUGAUGUUCGUUCCCGUGGCGACGCCUCAGAGAGUUUGGACUGUUCCAAUGAGAUUGGCGUGGGGGUGUCCAAAGCCUCCUGCUGCUGCUCGUUAGGGCAGGGCUGGGGUAAUCCAUGUGAGGCCUGUCCACCACUUAACUCCACUGGGUAUAAAAAUUUGUGUCCCGGUGGAGAAGGUUUUAGACCCAACCCUAUUACAGUCAUAGUGGAGGACAUUGAUGAGUGUCAGGAGCUGCCUGGUCUGUGUCAGGGUGGAGUCUGCAUCAACACCUUCGGGAGUUUUCAGUGCGACUGUCCGAAAGGCUUUGCUCUCAAUGAGGAGACUCGAGUGUGUGAAGAUGUGAAUGAAUGUGAGAAACCCGGGAUCUGUGGCCCAGGUCAAUGCUACAACACCAUCGGGAAUUACACCUGCAUCUGUCCUCCAGAUUACAUGCAGGUUAAUGGAGGAAACAACUGCAUGGACAUGCGGCGAAGUCUGUGUUACAGGAACUACUACAUGGAGAAUGCCACAUGUGACGGCGAGCUAACGUUCAACAUGACAAAGAAAAUGUGCUGCUGCUCCUACAAUAUUGGCCGAGCUUGGAACAAACCAUGUGAACGCUGUCCUACACCCAGCACCACCGAGUUUGCGAUCCUGUGUGGCAGCGAGAGGCCGGGAUACCAAAUCGAUAUCUACACUGGACAAGUGAUAGAUAUUGACGAGUGCCGUGAGAUCCCAGGAGUGUGUGAGAACGGAGUGUGUAUCAACCUGAUUGGCAGUUUCAGGUGCGAAUGUCCAAUGGGUUUUGUCUACAACGACAAACUGCUCAUCUGUGAAGAUAUUGACGAGUGCCAGAACGGACCUGUGUGUCAGCAGAAUGCCAGGUGCUUGAAUCUUGCAGGCAGCUAUCGUUGCGAGUGUGAACAAGGAUACAGACUCACCCCCACUGGACUGUGUCUGGAUCGUAACGAGUGUAUAGAGAACCCUAAUGUGUGUAGUCCCGGUCAGUGUAUUGAUCUGGUGGGAGGAUACCGGUGCAUCUGCCCCAACGGCUACAAGCAUACCACUGCACCCGCCAUGUGCAUAGAUGUUGACGAGUGUGAGAGGCAGCCAUGUGGUAAUGGAACAUGUAAGAACACCAUCGGCUCCUACACCUGCCUUUGCUAUCCGGGGUUUCAACUGUCACACAACGAUGACUGCAUUGACACUGAUGAGUGUACCACGCAAAGAGGAAUAUGUCGCAAUGGGAACUGUAUCAACACAGUGGGAUCUUUCAGAUGUGUGUGUCGUGAAGGUUAUGAACUUUCUCCAGACGGCUGGAUGUGUGUUGAUGUUAAUGAGUGUGAUAUCCAUCCUGGAACUUGUAGUCCUGGAACCUGUCAAAAUCUGGAUGGCUCCUACAGGUGUAUCUGUCCACCUGGGUAUUACCUCUUAGACGAGAAGUGCGUAGAUAUCGACGAUUGUGCUCAGACUCCAGACAUCUGUAUCUUUGGACAAUGCCAGAAUACAGCAGGAAGCUUCAAGUGCACCUGUUUUCCAGGAUUCCAGCUCUCCUCGUCUGGGAGGAGGUGUGUGGAUAAACGAGUGAGUUUUUGCUACACUAAGUUUGAGAAUGGACGAUGCUCCGCUCCAAAGCCUCUGAACACCACUAAAGGAGAAUGCUGCUGCAGCGCCAUGCCUGGCCAAGGAUGGGGAGACCCCUGUGAGCUUUGUCCCAACAGGACCUCUGAUGACUUCAGCAUGCUCUGCUACAGCGUAGGACAGCCGUACGGGACAGACGACGGACCUGAAGACACGGACGAGUGUAAAGACCCGAACAUCUGCCACAACGCUCAGUGUAUCAACACUGAUGGCUCAUUCCGCUGUGACUGUCACAUCGGAUACACGCUGGACUCGUCAGGGGCAAACUGCACAGAUAUAGACGAGUGCACAGUGGGAAACCCAUGUGGGAACGGAACCUGCACCAAUGUGAUCGGAGGGUUCGAGUGUGCGUGUGAGGAGGGAUUCGAACCUGGACCCAUGAUGACAUGCGAAGACGUGAACGAGUGUUCCCAGAAUCCUUUGCUGUGCGCAUUUCGCUGUAUCAACACAUACGGCUCCUACGAGUGUAAAUGUCCUGCAGGGUACGUGCUCAGAGAGGAUCAAAGGAUGUGCAGAGACCAGGACGAGUGUGCAGAAGGUCUGGACGAUUGCACGUCCAAAGGAAUGACCUGUAAGAACCUGAUCGGAACUUACAUGUGUAUCUGUCCAGUGGGAUACACACGGAAACCAGGAGGAGAGGCGUGCGUAGAUCUUAACGAGUGUACAGCGAAGCCCAGAGUGUGUGAAAAUGGCCAUUGUGUGAACACCGUGGGAAGUUACAAGUGCAAUUGUGAUAGUGGCUUCACAACCAGCCCCACACUGACAGAGUGUAUCGAUAAUCGUCAGGGUUUCUGCUUCACUGAGGUGCUGCAGACGAUGUGUCCGAUCUCCUCCUCCAGCCAGGUGGAAGUGACCAAGUCAGAGUGCUGCUGUAACGGAGGACGCGGUUGGGGGCCAAACUGUGAGAACUGUCCACAUCCUGGAACAACACAGUACAAAAAGUUGUGUCCCUUUGGUCCCGGAUACACCACCGACCAUCAGGAUAUUGACGAGUGUAAGGUGAUGAGGGACCUGUGUAAGAACGGACGGUGUGUGAACACAGUGGGCUCCUACAAGUGCAUCUGUAAUCCUGGAUACAGCACAGACAUCAUAAACACCAUCUGUGUGGAUGUGGACGAGUGUGCUCAGGCUCCUAAACCGUGUAACUUCAUCUGUAAGAACAUCGAGGGAGGAUAUGUGUGCUCCUGUCCACGGGGUUACAUCCUGCAGGAAGACCGCAAAAGUUGCAAAGAUCUGGAUGAAUGCGCCACUAAACAACACAACUGUCAGUUCCUGUGUGUCAACACCAUCGGUGGAUUCACCUGCAAGUGUCCCCCAGGAUUCACACAACAUCACACAGCCUGCAUCGAUAAUAAUGAGUGUACGUCAGACCCCGGUCUUUGCGGCCCUAACGGAGUGUGUCAGAACAGUCCUGGAAGCUUCAGCUGCGAGUGUCAGAGAGGGUUCUCACUCGACCAGGGGGGGCAACGCUGCGAAGAUGUUGAUGAGUGUGAUGGAGAGCAUCGAUGUAAUCAUGGCUGCCAGAAUCUGAUUGGUGGAUUCAGGUGUAGCUGUCCCCACGGCUACCUGCAGCACUACCAGUGGAACCAGUGUGUCGAUGAGAAUGAGUGUCAGAGUGGGCAGGUGUGUGGUAGCGCAUCGUGUCACAACACCCUGGGCAGUUUCCGUUGUGUGUGUCCAAGCGGGUUCAUGUUCGGUCAGACCAGCGGUGGGUGUGAGGACGUCAACGAGUGCUCGUCUUCACAGAACCCCUGCAAUUACGGCUGCUCCAACACCGACGGGGGAUUUGUCUGUGUGUGUCCACCCGGAUACUUCAGGGCUGGACAGGGGCAUUGUGUGUCAGGAGUGGGCUUUAGCAGCAGUAGUCCACCUCCAGGAGAUGAGGAGAACGCUCUCUCACCUGAAGCAUGUUAUGAGUGUAAGAUUAAUGGCUAUCCAAGGAAGGGACGACAACGACGCAGCAGCAACACUACUGAGGAGGACGACACACAGGUCAAUCAGGAAGUGAUUACUUCAGCCAGUGUGGAUGUUGAUGACAUCAUUCGUUUUAACCUGAGCAUUGGCGAGCUGAGUGUUAAAGAUCACAUCAUGGAGUUCCUGCCUGCUCUCUCCAUGCUCAAAAACCAUGUGCGGUAUGCGAUCGACUUCGGGAAUGACGCCGGACUUUUCAAACUCAACCAGAGGGACGGAGUGAGCUUCCUCCAUGUGUCCAAAAACAAGCGGCACAACCUUCUGCCUGGAGUUUAUUACUUACAAAUCAGUGGCGUUCCCAGGUACGCUAAGAAGGAGCUGGAUGCGCUAGAGGAUGAGAACGAUAAAGACUACCUCAGUGGAGAACUGGGAAAAACGCUACACAUUAAACUACAAAUCGAUUUGCAUUAGCUUUGUACCAAAGUAACGAUCCAGGAGGACUCUUAUUCACUACAGCAAAAGAUCUCCACAUCAGAGAUAUUGUCUCUCCACAUCGUGUCUCAGAAAUAAUCCUAACAGUAAUAACAGCACGCAUCUACAUUUGAUAGAACUCGAAGCUGCAGCAUAAACGUGUUUCAUCUGAUUCAGCACACAUACUGAAUUACAGCAUUGUUUGUCCUGUGCCCUUGUCCACUUCCCUGUCGAGUAAGUGCGCACUUGCUCUAGCAGUUUUCUCCGAGUCACUUGCUUCCUUCGCAACGUGUACAGUCAUGUCAGCUCGCUAACUCUCCUGUGUGAUUAUAAGCUAAUUAUAUUAUUAAAAUGCAGAAAAAAGCUGAACGGCUAGCUAGCAUGACAACUGAAUGGCUUAUCGGCUGGCAUGCUAACUAGCUAGUAGAAUAAACCAGGCUGACUAGCUUGCUUUAAAUAAAUAAUAUGGGUGAACAUGGUUAGUCAAUCCAUCCAACUGGACAGCUUUCUGUGUUUAUACCAGUUACACAAUAUGUAUCUCAAUCAUCUAGCACAUCUUAGAUAUCUAAGGGGACCAGGAGAAGUGCUCGAGGGCAGAUAAAAACAGUAUUGAAACAGUGAUAAAGCUAAAAGGGUUGAAUAAACAUUGUCUGAAUGUUCGAGCAGGGACCUGGACAGUAAUAUCACUUAUUAAAUCACUCAUCUGACCAAGUCUGUGUUUUUUGACCACUUUAAAUUGUAAGCUUUAAAAGUUUUUAAGUUGUAUUUUGGUAAAAAAUAAAUGACCACAAUGUCCUCUUUAUCCUGUAAUGUAUUUUAAUGCAUGGUUUUGUUUGCUUUGUUAAUUUUGCGCUGGAGGCUAAAGCAGCUAACACACUAACACUACACUCACAUCAGCACAGUGACAGGUGGUGGUUCAUUUUCUGCGAUUUCAGGAACAACAACAAUUCAGUAGAUUUUCUCAACUUGGACAGAUCUUCCAGGGAAUGUGGUCUGAAGGUUCCCCAGUUCCUCAGUCAAGCCUCUAAAUUUAGAACUCAAUAACUUAGCAUUUAUGCAGAACAGGCAGGUGUCGCUCAGGGGGUAGUAUGUUGGACUAUGGAUCAUUAGGGUUUAAACCCUAGCACUGCCAAGCUGCCCCUGUUGUGCCAUUGAGCGAGGCCCUUAACCCUCACCUACUCAGAUGUGUAAUGAGAUAAAUCUAAGUCUCUCGGGAUGAGGGCAUCUGCCCAGUCUUCUAAAAGGAAAUGUUAUUUAGAAUUUCCAAACUUAUACCACAUACACCUUGAUUUCUAGGACACUUGAUGUCAUAACAAUAUGACAGACUUCCCUUUCCAAUAUUUUCUACCUGAUAAAGCUGGAAGUAUGAACACCAGAAUUAAAAUAGGAAUAGCUUUUAGUGAGUCAGGGAAAAGUACAAAAACUGAAACUAAUGUAAACCACAUUGUUCAAAAGACUGCCCCCAAACUGAGACACAGCUAAUGUUCCUUAUUGUAAUGAAUAAGCCUAGACAGGCCACGCCCACCAGAGACUUGUCACAUGUGAUAUGAGUGCAGGUGAUGGGAAGCCUCCAGUGUAAGACCAGUGCAAACCCAAAGGGUUUUUUGAGUUGUUCAGGUUUUCUCACACAGAUUUUAGGCUAAAGGGGAAAUUGUGUGGUAUUUAUUUUCACCUGAACUGAUGUUUGUUGUUUUUUUUUUUUUUGGGGGGGGGGGGGGGGGGGGGUUCCAUUGUGGUUAUAAAGGACUCUGCUUCUGUCGUUUCUGUGCUGUCUAUCAUAGCUCAGUGUUUUAAUCGUAUUUACUGGUGCUAAUAACAUCAUUAUGAAUGCACUGCAAACUGUCAGACUGACGCCACUUAAUGCCUUUCGCUACUCUGCGCAGUACGUGUGUGUAUCACUGUAACCACGCCACGUUUAAUCCGGGGAUCUGUUAUAAACACAUGUAUAGUGCCCUGGACCAAAGGGCUCACAAUGGUGCUCAUUAUAAAGACCAACUACUUUUUUUUAUUCUCAUUUUGUAUAACUGUACAUUUCACCUUUCAGAGGGAGAAAAAGUAAGAGAGGAGAUUACUGCACUGAGGCCACUCAGGCCAAAAACACACACUCGCAUCAUAAGUCAGUGCCUUUAACGAGACACCACCGGCAUCCAGUGUUCACAUCUGUGAGAAGAUUAGGUGUACAUUCACAAUAAAAGAACGUUAUGGUUUUAA